GGCGGCGCUGCGCCCCGAGGAAGCGGCAGCGACGUCCCCGGCGCCUCAACCCUGGAGCCGGGAAACUUUUCCUGAGGCGCCCGGCAGGGGGCUAAGGGCCAGAUCAGAUCAUGUUAUGGAUCCAACCAAACUGGAAGGAUACAUGAGCUGAUGAGAGAGAACAUGGACUUCUGAGAACACUAACUUCCUAGAUGCUUAAAACGGAAGAGCGUGGGAUUAUGGUGAUCAGUUACCAACGGCUACAAAGAUGGAAAAGCAAUGAACCCCUCUAUCUGUACCUAUAUAAAUAAAGUUUUAGAAGGCAGAGAGAACUUAAACUGAACCAAAUAAUUAUUUCAGCCAUGGGAGAAAAUGAAAGUUUUUGGGAGAGCUUGAUAUAUGCACAUCCUACCUGUGUAGCCUGGAAGCAAGAGCCAGAGGGAUCGAUCUACCAACUAGCUAGUAUUCUAUUUGUUGUUGGCUUCAUGGGAGGAAGUGGAUUCUUUGGGCUAAUGUACGUCUUCAGUUUGCUUGGAUUGGGCUUUCUCUGCUCGUCUAUAUGGGCUUGGCUGGAUGUAUGUGCUGCUGAUAUCUUCUCCUGGAAUUUUGUCCUUUUUGUGAUAUGCUUCAUACAAUUUAUUUAUGUUACCUACCAAGUUCGGAGUGUUUCCUUUGAAAAAGAAUUCCAGGAACUCUACAGUUCUCUUUUUCAGCCUCUGGGAAUCUCCUUGACCGUUUUUAGGAAGAUUGUCUUGUGUUGUGAUGCAGAAGUGAUUACUUUGGAGAAGGAGCAUUGUUAUGCUAUGCAAGGCAAAACACCUAUUGAUAAACUCUCUAUGCUUGUGUCUGGAAGGAUCAGAGUGACAGUUGAUGGAGAGUUUCUGCAUUAUAUUUUCCCCCUUCAAUUUCUGGAUUCUCCUGAAUGGGAUUCCCUAAGACCCACAGAAGAGGGUAUUUUCCAGGUAACUCUUACAGCAGAGACGGACUGUCGAUAUGUGGCUUGGAGGAGAAAGAAACUGUAUUUGCUGUUUGCUAAACACCGUUUCAUCUCACGUCUGUUUUCAAUUUUAAUUGGGAGUGACAUUGCUGAUAAACUAUAUGCCUUGAAUGACAGAGUGCACGUAGGGAAAGGACUUCGAUACGACAUCCGGUUACCAAACUUCUACCAAGUAGCAGUACCAGGGACACCCAAAGUGCAACCUGCAGAACAACUUGUGAGCAAUUCAAGACAGAAGUUCACUAACAUUGCAAACUGUGACUCUUCUAAAAAAUAACAAAUGAAAAGAUAUGCUAAAUUAAAUAGGGAAAUACAAGUUAAUAACAGGAAAAUCAAGCUAAACAAUACCUAGUAAAGCCAAACUUGAUUGAAAGUGCCAUUUACUUUAGUUAAAAUAGCCUCCCUUUUCUCCCUGCAGAGCCAGCUGGUUGGCUUGUACAUCUUGACUAAUUAUGCAUUAUGAUUAAUUUCUUUUGUUGGUCUUAUUACUUUUAGGGGGGGAAAUGAAUCAUGAUGGGAUGCAACUUUAUUGUAAUUGUGGUGCCUUCUGUGGGUUUUUUUUUUUUAAGAUAUUUGCAUAGCGCUCUUGAUCAUAUUUAUUCCAACUUGCUUGUCAUAAUGAAUUAUGGAAUCCUUUUCAUCAUAGUGAAAUGCAAAAAGCAAGUUAUUGUAUCUUAUUCUGAGUUGCUUGUUACAUUCAUAAUUACAAUAUGUGAACCUGAUCUUCUUUAAACAUCAGAAUCUUAGAGAAGAUUACAUUUUAACAUUUUUUAAACUCAGAUUGUUUUCUUUUUAAAAGACAGGAAAUGACAAUGUGAAAUGCACAGUAAAACAUUUUUUCCAUUCAGUGCAUAAACAGUUGAUUUCUCUCAGGCUAUAGGAAAGAGGCAUUACACGGAAACAAAAAACACUAGUGUAAUUGCCGACGUGAAAAAAAGUAAAGCAAUCAGUGUAAUUGCUGCAAAGUAUAUAAUAGGAAAAAGGUUGUGUAGUGCUUUUAAUAGAAUGUGAUGCUACAGUACCUAGACUUCAAAAGUGUAAAUGCCAAUCAUAAUGUACAAUAAAUACUGUACAUCAAUCAA